AAUGUCUAUCUUGUUUGUGGUUUUCAUUCAAGCAACUGUCAGAAAAUUGAAACAACAAUUUCAAGCAAGCCACCGUUUUCAAUAAAUAAAUAAUUCAUUAAACACCUAUGUGCUGUGCAAUAAACUGAAAUAUUGAGGUGUACUCCAUAUUGCAUGAUGGAUAUUAACGAAGGAACAACCACGGACGACCUAUGGACGCCUUACAAGGAGCUGGUGGCGGUAGUGGAAGGCUACUUGGCCCACGAGAGUGGUGGCGCGCCUUACGCGGUGCACACGUUUGAGUCCGUGUUGAGACGCCACAAGCAGACCUUUUUGUCACUUCUCAAAAAUCCGGCCAAGAGCCAGUCCAGCAGAGAAGAGAUCAAAAGGGGCAUCACAGAAGGAGUGAACCUGCCCAGCAUAGGCAGGACUCUGCUCUCCAAGGAGUUGGUGGACGAGGCUAUCAUUAUAUCAGAUAUGUACAACGUCAACGAGUACCUAGCGCUGGAGCUGCUUCACACUGCACAGAGGCAGGCGCCGCGCCACCCGGGGCUGCCGCGCGGGCUGGUGGCCGUGCUGCUGUACUACGACGGCAAGCGCGCGCUCGUGCAGGCGCUCAAGGAGCUGUUCAUGGCGCGGGACGGCGUGUGCUGGUCAAUAAGCGCUCGCGAGGAGAUCGUGAGCUACGUGUCUCGAUACGUGGGCGGGCUGGUCGCGGGCGGGCAGCUGGAGGCGGCGCUUGACGCGCUGCAGCAGUGUUCGCUGGACGCUGAGCUGUCGCUGCUGCAGCGCAACCGCGCGCUGCCGCCGCCCAGACACCACGCGCGGCUUGUAGCCACCAUCGACGCCACCAGGUACCCCUUAUGCAUCCUCCGACUACUCGACCUCGGACUACUCGACCUCCGACUACUCGACCUCCGACAACUCGACCUCCGACUACUUGAACUCGGACCACUCGACUUCGGACUACUCGACCUUCGACAACUCGACCUCCGACUAGUCGACCUCCGACUACUUGUACUCGGACUACUCGACCACAGACUACUCGACCUCCGACUAAUUGACCUCCGACUACUCGACCUCCGACUAGUCGACCUCCGACAACUCGACCUCCGACUACUUGUACUCGGACUACUCGACCACCGCAUACUCGUCCGAUAUUCAGUUCAAAAAGCAGAAAUUAGGAGACAUCAAACCACAUCGCCGUCGCUAGGACCUACAGGCGCAUUAGAUGAGGUGUCUCUUACACUACAGAUGGCACUGCUUUACGCAUUAGAUUUAUCAGUAUUACACAGACGUGAAGAUGGCGAGGAGCUGGCAAAGAAGCUGCCGCUCAUCGAAGACCCGGAGCUGAUCCCGAUCCUGCUGGAGCAGCUGUCGCCGCCUUCGCAGGGCGCGCAGCCGGAGAACCCCGGCACCACUGCAGCUGGUGCGGGCUGCCGCGCACUAUGCCAGCUAUCGCUAGGGCUGGCACUAGCGGCGCUGAAGCGCGGGCCGCAGUCGCUGGCGCGCGCGCAGCUCAAGCUCGACCUGCUGGACCAGGACGAGGUGCUGGUGGACGCCGCCAUCGACGGGAAGGUAUUUGAGUAUCUGGACGAGGCAAUACUGUCGACGGACCUGGUGUGGAAGGACGAGUACUACCAGCGCCGCAUACACAUCCUCAUCACGGACUUCAUCGUGCUCAUGCACUCCAAGCUCAUGGAGAUGAGGGUCAAGGCGGACGAGGCGGCGCGUGCCGUAGCCAUGUACGCGGCAGAAGGUGUGAUGGCGCCAGCCGGGGCUUCGGGCCCGCGCACGCGCCUCGACGCUUUGCUGCGCUGCGUGGAGCGGCUCUACGCGCGCGACCCGCUCGGCCUGCGCCACGAGUACUGGGCCGCCGCCGCCGACCGCCCGCCGCCGCACAGGGCGGCGACUCGCGCGGCCACUCUAUACAAGUUCGUCCGCCUAUCAGGCGAGCUGGUGUGCGCGGCGCUGCUUCCAGCCUACUUACGGGCGCUGGCGGCGCUGGCGGUGCCGGUGCACACGUGGGCGCUGCUGGCGCGCCGCGACGCGCUGUCCGCGCAUCAUCUGCUCACCGCGCUCGCCAGAUACUACACAAACCUGCGCGUGGAUCCGACGCCGUUCUCCGAACACCAGCAUUCGUCCAUGGGCGCCACCGCCAUCGUUACGCCCGCCGCGCGCCCGGGGAAACUGCUCGUGCGGCAGGAAGAGGUGGAAGCAAUGAUAGCCGCGCUAAAGCUCAUAGCGGCAGUGGCCAUUCAAGAUGAAGCCGCUUGCGCCAGCAUCUGCGAAAACUUGCAGUGGGAUGCCGUCAACGUCAUGUUCGGGUUAAUCUGCUGCCACGUGCCGAUCCAGCUAAAAGCCGAGCUGUGCCUGACGCUGGGCGCGCUGGGCAGCACGGCCAGCACGGCGCCGCGCGUGUGGUGCGCGCUGGAGAGCGCGCAGCUGGUGUCGCCCACGGACGAGAAGCGCGCGCUCACCGCCGACCUGCAGGAGGUGGAGUGCCGCAUGGAGGACUACCCUCUAUCCCGCGCGUUUGUCUCCCUCCUGCUGUCGCUGUGCCGCGCGGGCGGCCUGCCGCGUGCACUGGGGGCGGGCACGCGCGCGCCGGGGCUCGCGCCCUACGCGCACCACGUGCUGGCGCGCCUGGCCCUGCCCGCGCCGCACCGCCCGCACGCGGACCCCGCGCGCCGCUGGCAGAUGCUGUCCCUAUGCUUCGAGCUGUUCGCCCUCUGGCUGGACCAAUACGAGCCGGCCGCAUCAGACUUCCCGCCCGCGGGCAGGGAGCCAGACGCCAACCCGCCGCCGGGCUUCCGGCUGCUGUUGCAGCUGCACGGCGACUCGGAGUUGCUGCGGCUGGCGCUGGGCUCGCUGGAGGGCUCGCUCGGCCUGCUGGAGCGGCAGCCCGCCAUGCCGGGGAAGGUAUUCGUGGAGGAAAGCCUGGUGUCGAUCCUGCAGAUACUGGAGCGCGCUUUGGCCCUGGAACGUUCGCUGACCGCCGCGGCCUCCGAAGCCGGGCGCGGUGUACUUAUUGUCGGCCUCUCCAAACUUAUACUGGCGGACGACGGUCCCUCCGGCGGCGACCGCCUAGUGACCUGCUGCCGCGUGCUGCAGCUCGUUAACACGCUGCCCGCCGCCGCCGCGCGCGCCACUGCGCUCCUAACGCGUGCCCUUAGCGCGCCGGCCGCCGCCAGGCACUUGUUGCAUGCGCAGGCGCACCGUCCGCAUGCCAGCGAUAUUAGGCACGGCUUCGUAGAGUGCUUGGAAGCAGAAGAAUACGGCGACGAGCAGCAGAUAGCAGACAUUCGCGCGGCCAAGGAGGGAGUCCUAUUGCUACUGCAGCAGGCGCUGCCCGCCGCGCCGCCCAACCUCGCGCACUUCCUACUGGGGUACCGACUGGACGACGACGUGAGCCGCAGCGCGCUGAACGAGGCGGGCGUGGCGGGCUACCCGCGCACGUGCCUGCACUCCAUCCUCGAUAUAUUGGACCAGCACAUCGCCGGCCAGAACAACGGGGACAGGGAGGCGUCGAACCUGGUGGAGAGCUGCUACCGGCUGGUGUACUGGCUGGCGGCGCGGCCGGCGACAUCGGCGCCGGCGCUGCGCUUCCUACGCUCGCGCGAUUAUUUCCUGGCGCGACACGUCAAGGCCACCGUCAACCUGGAGACGGCGUCGGUGGUGACGCUCUCAGCACGGUCUUGGGUGCUCCGCGCGUGCGCGUGCGAGGCGGGCGCGGCGGCGGCGGGCCGCCAGCACGCGGCGCUGGCCACGCUGCUGGCCGCGCUCACGCACGCGCCGCUGCACCACACGCAGGAAUGGGAGUGGUGCCUGCUGCGGCGCACGCUGGAAGCGCUGCCGGUGAGCGUGGAGGCGUGCGCGGAGCCGCGCUGGGAGCUGUUCCACGCGCACCAGCUGCGCCACGCCAUCGCCUCCUGCGACCUGCCCACGGGUCUGGGCGGUAAAAGGAUCAGCGUGUCACGAGUUCACGCGCUACUAGCUCGGGAGCUAUCGGCGCUACACGCCACCGCGCCGCAACGGAAUCUAGUCGCUUUGGAAAUACAAAAGGUAUUAGACUACGUAACCGAAGUGAACCGCCAGCGCAACCUAGCGGCGACUCUCACGCACUACUACGACUCAUGGCGGCAACUCACAGAAAUCCUCUUCUGCGUGGCGCCGCCCGACAUUCUCAGCCUCGAAUCUCGCAAGAACUUACUCCUCAACAUCCUCCAAGACUUGCUGAACAAAAUACCACCCGCAGAAGUGCUGCCACAGUUAGGAAACCUAGCCUCGGGAACAGUGUUGCUAUUGCUGGUAAAUUUGAGACACUGCUACAUCCUUCAGAAGAGAGAAACGAACAUGGACGCAUCAGAAUUCGAAACGUCGUUUUUUGGGCCUUCAAACCAGAUUAUGCAGACAAAAUCACUGACGCUUAAAUUCAUUCUACACAAGAUUCUGAGCUGGAUAUUGGUCUCUGGUGGCUCAACGCAAAAAAUGCGCGUCAAUCUAUACGGAGCGUUGUUAAAUUACUUGAAUAUCGUCAAUUUGAAGCCAAGCCCGGCCGAUCCCGAGGAGGAAUUGAACACGACAUACGUCAGUCGAUUGGACAGUUCCAAAGCGAGGCCUAGUAAAGAAGAGUCAGCGUUGAAAUCAAUGGUGGUAGAUGUGAUAAGUGGUUUUGGCGAGAACCUAUGUUCAAUAGUGUGCAGCGACUGCAUAGGGGGAGGCCAUGAUGUAUGCCGUAUGGUGGCGUUGUCGUGUCUUGAUACGCUGGUGGAAAUCAAUCCGAAGACGGACUGGAUGAAUACCCUGACUAAUCAAGGGUAUUUGAGGAGUCUCAUUGACAGUCUGAUGCAAGAUGAUGCUGGGUUGAAAGAGGCUUUAGAACCGAACCCGAAGACCCUUCGCGUCCUCUACGUAUACGAGUCCAAGAUGGCGCUACUAAUGAAGCUGGCUGGCACGCGCGCCGGCGCCGAGACCAUCCUAGCGCAGGGUGCUCUCUCGUGCCUCGCCAACAUGAGCAUCCUCUCGCGCCAUCCUGACAUACACACUGCUUCAGACUCCCAGCGGCACACUGACUUCGUGCCCGCCGUGGCCAACAGAUUCCGCCAAAUCCUAGUGCCGGCGUUAGCGUUAUGCGACGCGCUGCUGACAACCCUCGGCACCCAGAACCACAGCUGUGUGAUACACGUCACGCAUCUACUGUUAAGUCACGCCGAGUGCGUCGACAUGGUUCUCAGGGCGGCCAAUCCGAACUCGCCCCAAGAACUGCUGAUUGAAGCAGAAGCUCUAACGUCAGUAAUAGCGCGCGCGUCCGACUACGCUGUAAUCGAAGCGGUCAGCGGCGACACAGCGCUUCAGCACAGCUCGGCAGCGCUGCAGCGGAUGCACUCGCUCGUGCUAGCGCUCAUACCGCGGUUCGCUGCGCCCCCGCCGCACCAGUAUAAUCAGCCUCCUGCGAAUCAACAGCAGGAUCAGAACAUAUUGUAUUAUAAGAUCGUGUGCAACCUCCUGACGUUCGCGCGCAACAUGAUCGAGCACGACGGCACGCGCGCGUUAUUCCGGCCCGCGCUGCACGCCAGCGGCGCCGACGCCGGCCCGCACCUCGGAGCCCUACUGGCGUUGCUACGACACGCUCGCGACAGCGCGCAGGCCUACGACAAGCGCGUGCACACGGCGCAGCACCAGCUGCUCGCCGUGCCCACCAUGACUCUGGACGACAUAAAGAAGUUACUCCCCGAAGAUACACCCGCAUCGUCCCCAGCGGAGGCGCGUGCGUGCGCUGUCAGCGAGUUGCGGGCUCGUGUAGCGGAGCGGAGACGUGCGUUGGCGCUGGCGCGGUUAGCAGCCGACGCGGCAUUGUACUUGCUAUGGGCACAUCUGAGAGUGUUCCUGCGACUUGCUGCACCCUCUGAUGAUCACUCACUGGCGCGGUUAGCAGCUGACGCGGCUUUCGCGUGGCGCGGCGCGGGCGGCGACGAGCUGGUGGAGCUGCGCAAGGGACUCGUGGGCGUGUUCAGCGACCGCUUCACCGACGACCUGCUCGACAACGCCAAGAACCAGCCAGCCGCACAGCGCAGUUUCCUCGAAGUGCUCCUCAAAGACAUCAAGAGCAUGAUCCAGUUCUCGCCGCUGUAAUACAGCACUAGUUAUUGCUAAUCAAUUCCGUUUACUAAUUAUGAAUAAAUAAAUUGAUAUUUUUCCAAA